AUGGCAAAGGUGCACUUCGUUGAAAAGCCGCCAGACGGCGGUUGGGGCUGGGUUAUUGUGGCCAGUACAUUUCUCCUCCAUGUUGUGGUGGUCGGCUCUACGAAAUCGUUCGGGGUGUUCUACGCAGAGUUCCGGGAGGUUUUCCAAGAGAGCGCCGGCAUUACUUCCUUCAUCAGUUCUAUCCUGGGAUCUGCUGUGCUACUAUUUUCUCUAUUUGCCGGUGCACUGUGCAACUUGUGCAGCUGCAGAACGGUAGUGAUGGUAGGGGGCGUUAUUUCCGCCGCGGGACUUGUCGUGAGCUACUUUGCCCAGACCAUGAUACACCUAUUCUUCAGUGUGGGGAUUCUAACAGGAUUUGGUCUCUCCUUGAUGUUCUCACCGGGUUUGGCUAUGAUUGGACGCUACUUCGGCAAGCGGCACGCCACAGCCAAUGGGAUCGCAGUCUGUGGAACUGGUGUCGGUGUCUUUGCCCUCCCCCCACUCUUCCAGUUUCUUAUCGAUGAGUUCGGUUGGAGAGGGGCCCUUUUAAUCGUUUCUGGUUUGCUACUAAAUGGAUGCGUUUUCGGUGCCCUGUUGAGACCCAUUCAUCUCAAAGAGGACCGAAAGGAAGAAGAAGUAGACAUACGAAGUAACACUGACCAAAAACAGACGAAAAAAAUCCAUCAUUUCUGUCAGAAGAUCACGAAAACGUUCGACGUUACCUUACUGAAACACCGACCCUUUCUUGUUUACUGUGUGUCGUUGUUUGGAACACUUCUUGGCAACUCCAUGAUUUUUGUACAUUUUGUAGCCAAUGCUCAAAAUCUCGGGGUGGACAAGACACCAGCCGCUUUCUUACUGUCCAUUCUCGGAAUCUCAGAAGCGGUGUCAAGAGUUCUUAACGGUUGGCUGUCGGAUAGAGAAAUUAUCAGCAAAGUCUACUACUACAUGGUUGGGCUGACAGGACUUGCCGUAUGUAACAUUGUCAUACCGUUCGCAAGGUCUUACGCAGUUCUAGUGGUGUGCGCGGUGUUGUACGGAUUUUUCUCGGGCAUAUUCUAUGCCUUGAUUGCCGUGUUGGUGCGGAAGUAUGUCGGAGCCUCCAGGAUUUCCUGUGGACUUGGGUGGGCCUUCGUCUUCGAAGGUGCCGCCUUUCUCCUGGGAGCACCUGUCGCAGGUUGGCUGUAUGACGCAACAGGAAAGUACGACAUGUCUUUCUACGCAGCCGGUAUCUUCAUCUUUCUGUCUGUGCUCGUGCUUGUUCCUAUCAGCUGUUCAACGGACAGGUGGACCCGAGUACCCGACCAGAAUAGAGAUGAGACAGUCUCCCUCGAUGAUAUGGGAAAACUAAGCAUGUUUAGACAUAUGAUAGAUGAUGAUGAUGGAAGUCGUAUCUUUGAGACUUCCUAAAGCACCCACUCAGCACAGUAUGUUUACGUAUGUGUGCG